GCCACAAUGCAUUUCAUCACAGUGACUCCAAGGUUUUAUAUUAUCAUGACAGGGUUGUCCUCCUUAGUGUCUGCUAUAAUACUCUUAUUUGAGUGGUGGUAUUACAAGAAGUAUGGCAUCUCAUUCAUCGAACACAUCACCAUCAACUACUUGUCACCAUUGCUCGGCGGAGCAGAUCCCAACACAUCGGAAAUUGACGACAUAGCCAGUGAUGAUCAAGUUGUUCCAGAAACAAAAGUUUGGCAAAACCCAUUGAGUUUAUUCAGAGGAGCAGAGUACCAAAGGUUCCAGACGGCCACUGGUUUAGAACCUUUGACUUAUUACGAUAUGAACUUAUCUGCCCAAGAUCACCAAACAUUUUUCACAUGUGAAUAUGACAGUGGAAAAACAGAUUAUGAAGCCAUGCAGAUAGCUUGGCGGGAGAGAGACAAAUCGGCUCGCAUAUCUGCUGCAAGGGAUGUUCUAGAAAUGAGUCCAGACUGUGCCCCAGCUAUGAUAUUAUUGGCUGAAGAGGAUUGCAACACCAUAUCUGAAGCAGAAAAGUUGUUAAGACAGGCGUACAAAGUGGCAGAGACGAACUGCAGAAGGUCCCAAGCCACCCAGUAUCUCAGUGUGGCCAAUGAAACCAUAUACAGACGUGACGUCAACGUUCUUGUGUACAUAAAGAGGAGGCUGGCUAUGUGCCUGCGUAAGUUGGGGAAAGUUCGGGAAGCUGUGAAGAUGAUGAGAGAGAUAAUAAGAGACUUCCCAGCCAUCAACCUGUUCAACAUUCACGAGAAUUUAGUUGAAGCUCUUCUUGAGCUACAGGCGUAUGCUGAUGUUCAGGCACUGCUAGUCAAAUAUGAUGACAUCAACCUCCCAAAAUCAGCUCUAAUAUGUUACACAACUGCGCUGAUGAAGGCUAGAUUAGUGGCUGAUAAGUUCUCACCGGAAAUGGCUAUUCGUCGUGGUCUGACCACACCUGAAAUGGCGGCUGUGGAGGCCAUACACAGGGCUGUCGAGUUCAAUCCACACAUUCCCAAGUACCUGCUAGAAAUGAAGUCCCUGAUAUUGCCGCCCGAGCACAUCUUGAAGCGAGGGGACAGUGAAGGGAUAGCAUAUGCAUUCUUUCACCUCCAGCACUGGAAGAGGGUUGAUGGUGCCCUGAACCUCCUACAUUACACCUGGGAAGGCACAUUUCGCAUGAUCCCGUACCCGUUGGAGAGGGGUUUGAUGUUCUACGCUUAUCCAUCGGGGACAGAGGUUACAGAUAGAAGCCUACUACCAUCAUUUCACGACCUGUCAAUCUACCCAAAGAAAGACCUCCCCUUUUACAUCCUCUUCACUGGAGGAUUUUGUUCCGUGAGUGUGCUGAUGGCUCUUCUGACACUGCAGUAUCCAGACUCAACGACGCAUUACACGAGAAUGAUCUACAACGGAGUAGCCACACUGCUAACCUGGGUGAUGAACAGAUUCUACGCCGUGCUCCCCCCUAAUAUAUUUCACUAUCUCUCAAAAGUUUAAUCGCAUUUCAUUUCAUUAAUGUAGUGGAAGUAGCAGUAGUGUAACUGUAAACACUCACACACAUAAACACACACACACACACAUAAACACACACGUAUAUUUAUAUAUUUGUUGGAUAAAAACUGUCAGAAAUGCAAUUAUUGAUGAAAAUCACAUCAUGUUCCGCGUUAGUUAACUCCUGUUUAAUUUUUCGAUUUUUCUAACGAUAGUAAAUGGAAGUCAACUAAGGCGGAACAUGCUGUGAUUUUCAUCAAUAAUUAUAUAUUUGUAUAUACAGCUUGUUUAAAAUGUAAAGUUAAAGUUGGUUAUUUAUAGAGACCUAAUUAUAUCUUCAAUCUCAAUUUUUGAAUGCUUGUAAUGCAGUGUAUGCUGUUUGUAUUAAUUUGUUGCAGUUGCAAUAAUUUAAUGGUUUCCAAGUUAGUGAGAUAUGAAAAAGAUUUUAACAUAGUACGCAUCUAUUUCACUAGUAAGAUACAAGAAUUUCAAAUACAUCUAUUUUACCAAAUGUUAAUUUGUCAUGUAGCUUUUCUCCGCAGACAAACAGCAGUCAGUAAUUUUAUUAUUAUUUCAACUUUUAUUUUCGUUUUGUUUCUGCUUUUGG